GUACUUAACCAACAAGGAAGUUGACAAGUUCCCAAAUGAUGGAUAGCUUAGACAACGAAUGAACACAAAAAUAGGCAAAACCAUCUCCUAAGCUUCCGCUAAUUUUUUGACACACCUGUUUUCGUUCCUGUCCUUAAUCUCCGUUUCGCCGACUUCCGAGCAAUUUUUUCCCCUCGGCGCCUGACCCUUGUUCUUUUGAUGCGAGCCCCGCUCCCGUCGUCCUCCAUCCGGGCGGCGAAGGGCAGAGGACCACCCGCUGCCUCCACCACCGCAGUCGAUAAGAUCUCUUCGUUUCGGUAGCGGCAAUGUCAUCCAUAAUCCUAAAUCCGUUCCAAUUGUUAGAGCUGAACAUCAUCUCCGCGCAGGACCUGGCGCUGGUCUCGCGCAGCAUGCGCACGUACGCGGUCGCCUGGGUCCACCCUGACCGGAAGCUGUCGACCCGGGUGGACUCCCACGGCCGGAGCAACCCCACGUGGAACGACAAGUUCGUGUUCCGCGUCGACGAGGAGUUCCUCCUUUCCGACACGUCCGGGGUCAUGAUCGAGAUCUACGCCGGGCACUGGUUCAAGGACGUGCUGGUGGGCAGGGUGCGGGUCCUCGUGGCCCACCUCGUGACCCCGCCCUCCCGCCCGUUCCGCCACCAGCAUCAUGUGGGGAUGCGAUUCGUGGCGCUCCAGGUGCGCCGCCCCUCAGGGCGGCCUCAGGGCAUAUUGAAUAUCGGGGUCGCGGUGCUCGACAGCUCUAUGCGGAGCAUGCCGCUGUAUAAGCAGCUCGACACCUCUGCGGUCGGUUACCGUGACCUAAUGGGCGAGCAAGAUCCGCAUCAUCACCAUAACCACAACAAUCUUUUGCCUUCUAACCAUCACCAACAACCGCCGCAGCAGCAGCAGCAGCAAGGAGCACCGGAAUUGAAAGCCAAGCCGGAGCUCAGGCGAACCAAGAGCGACACAAGUUCGAUUAUCGGCCCAGGUCAAGUUAAGACGUUGAAAAGAAAGGUGUCCUUCCGCAAUAGGCCUCACUCCGUCAUCAACGGCUCUGGCUCCGGCUCGGAGGACGGUUCGACGAUCCAAGAGAGGAGAAAGAAGAAGAAGGAAUCGAACUCAAGAUCUAGUUCCCUGGUCAAUGGUUCGCAAGUUGGGGGCCUUGGCAAGCAUAUGACCGGGUCCUACACCGUGCCCAAUCCAAAACUCGAGCCGACGCCCGAGGAUCUGGGAAUGGCGAUGAUUCCCUUCCAGCCGAUCAUGAGCCCCGAGAAGCCCUUUGCCAAGACCAUGUCACUGGAUUUCGACGCUCCUCCAACCAAGCCGGGCAAGCCAAUCAUCACGGAGUCUGAGCUGGGCCCGUCGCCCUCCGAGGUGGCGGCGGCGGUGGCAGCGAAGGAGAGGUACAAGGUAAAGGAUGCCGAGAGCUCGGUCGUGGACAAGUGGAGCAUGAGCGAGAGCGUGGAAGGGCUGCAGUCCAAGCUUGAGAGGUGGCGGAUGGAGCUCCCGACGGUUUGCGACCGAGGCGAGUACUCGAGCUUGCCGUCGAGCGGCGUCAACAACAACAACAACAACAGCAGUCCAAGGGGAGCAGCCGGGCGACACUCUCGGCGGCACACCGACGGGGGAGGAGGAGGAGGAGAAGGAGGAGGAGGAGGUGGGGGCUUGUUCUCUUGCGUCAGUAACAUAUGCGGAUUGGAAUGCACCAUAGUCUGUGGAAGUAAUGCACCCCCCUAGGUAAAAAUUAUGGUGACAUGCACAAAGUUGGCUCAAAAUUGAAAAACAUGUCCCAAGAAUAUUAUUCCUUCUAAUUUGAAUUCUUUACUUGGGCUCGAUUCAUUUGAAUUUGAUGUGGCCUCCUAGUGAGAAAAUAGUAAAUAAUGACCUGUAUGUUAUGAUCAUGCAUCACUAGGGGGGAUGGACAUAGAUCGGUGGGAAUAUGAUUUUGAGUUUAGUCCCUUGUUUUCCAUCUUUAAUUUCGAACUUAUGCCGGUUUAUAUAUGUGUACUCGUUUUCUAAAUCAUGCUGACCAUUUCGUAGUGACUUUGAUGCCAU